AUGCAGAGACAAUCGGGUUUUAAGGAGCAGUACUCGGAAUUUAUGGCGGAGUACCUGGAAAUGAAUCACAUGGAACUAAUACCGGAUCCGAAUAUAAAUUUAGAAAACUCGUACUAUCUGCCGCACCACGCCGUGUUUAAAUUAUCUAGUGCGACAACCAAAUUGCGGACGGUUUUUGACGCGUCCUUUAAAACUACGACCGGUAAAAGCCUCAAUGACAAUUUAAUGAUCGGACCAGUAAUUCAAGAAGAUCUUUUUUCCAUCUUGACGAGGUUUCGAAUUCAUCAGUUUGUGGUGACGGCCGAUAUCGCGAAAAUGUACAGGCAGAUCCGAAUGGACCCGCGCGACACGGAUUAUCAGCGAAUACCAUGGCGUAAGGAAACCGACGAAGAAUUACUAACGUACAGAUUGACCACCUUGACAUACGGUACGAAACCGGCCAGCUUCAUCGCGACCCGUUGUUUGUCCGAGUUAGCCACGCGAAAUCAAGAUCUGUACCCCACAGCGACCGUGCUUCCGACCGCCGAUAAUAGUCAUGGCUCUUUAGUAAAAUUGGACGAUGGCGAAUUGACAAAAAUCUUGGGUUUACUUUGGGACCCCAAAACAGAUGUUCUUAGGUACGACGUAAAACCAAUCAACGUCAAAUCAAAGGUGACCAAACGAAUUAUUUUAUCGACCAUUGCACAGAUAUUCGACCCAUUAGGUCUGAUCGGGGCGGUGAUGUUAAAGGCGAAAUUAAUAUUACAGAAAUUAUGGUCGUUAAAGAUCGAAUGGGAUGAAUCUGUGCCACAAGAUAUCUACUAUGUGUGGAGUGAAUUUAUUAAGGAAUUGUUGUAUCUUCGCGAAUUACACAUUCCUAGAAGAAUUUCCGAUCUCAACGAGAUAAUUGGCUUUGAAUUGCACGGUUUUUGCGACGCCAGUAUGAAGGGGUACGGAGCGGUCGUAUAUGUACGGACGUAUGACAAAUGCGGCAAAUAUUCGGUGCGUCUACUUGGUACAAAAUCACGCGUCGCACCUCUAAAAACAGUAACCUUGCCGAGAUUAGAAUUAUGCGGUGCAUUACUCGUAUCGAAACUUAUUUGUGCCGUUAAAAAGGCGUUAAAUGUAAAUAUUACCAGACAGUAUUUGUGGUCAGACUCUAAAGUCGUUAUAGCCUGGCUAAAUAAUAGUCCACACAUGUGGCAAACGUUCGUAGCUAAUCGGGUAGCCGAAAUUCAAGAUCUUACUGAUAUAGCAGACUGGCGACAUGUCAAGGGUGAAGAAAACCCCGCGGACCUAGUUAGUCGUGGUCUUCUACCGCAAGAAUUGAUCAAUAACGAUUUAUGGUUUAAGGGUCCGACGUGGCUUUGUUCAAACUUCGAAGUAAGAUUACCACAGAGUUCUAGCACCACUGUCGUUCACAUUGACGAAAUGCCCGAAAAACGCAAACAUGUUGCAGGCGUAACCGCAAUAGAAAUCAGUACGUCAUUACCUAUAAUGACAAAAAUGUCGUCCUUUCAUAAAUUGAAUCGUGUUAUUGCGUAUUGCUUGCGUUGGUCGGACAGACACAGAAAAUCAAAGCAACAGUUACCAGGGGAAACUGGGCCCUUAAAGGUCCACGAAUUACGAAAAGCCAAAUUGUCAAUUAUUCGUUGGGUACAAAAAUACGCAUUUCCGGACGAAUUAAAAACUCUGGAAAGGGGAGAGCCGAUUGGCAAUAAAAGUCCAAUUCUAUCAUUAAACCCGUUCCUAUCAAAGGACAACUUGAUCAGGGUCGGCGGGCGCUUAAGAAAUGCCAGAUUGCAAUUUGACACCAGGCACCCGAUACUAAUGCCAAAUAAUCAUGAUAUAAGUAGACUGCUUAUUACCCAAUAUCACCUUGAGAAUUUGCAUUGCGGGACAGAAGGUCCCAUUUUAAUCAAGGAAGCUGCCGGUCGCGGAAACAAAACAGUAAAGGCUUACAUCGCCAUAUUUAUUUGCUUCUCGACUAAGGCGGUUCACUUAGAAUUAGUCGGCAACCUGAGAUCGGAAUCAUUUUUAGGGGUAUUACACAGACUGGUUUCCAGAAGGGGGCAUGUACGACAUUUAUACUCUGAUAACGGUUCAAAUUUCGUGGGGGCAGCGAACCAAGAAAUGCAAAAACUUAAGCAUUUCCUAAAUUCAUCCGAUUUCCAGUCGAGCGUAAUAGAUGAGUUGGCCAAAAAGAGCAUCGAAUUUCACUUUAUUCCGGCGCGAUCACCACAUAUGGGCGGGUUAAGGGAAGUUAAUGUGAAAUCAGUUAAAAUGUUAAUGAAAAGAACGAUAGGACUUGCGACCUUAACUUAUGAAGAAUUGUAUACGCUCCUUACACGUAUAGAGGCAAUUUUGAACUCCCGUCCUCUCACCCCUAUUAGCAACGACCCAAACGACCUUGAACCUUUAACCCCCGCACAUUUUCUCGCAGGUGAAGCUCUGACCGCGGUCUUUGAGGGAGACCUUACGGACGUCAAGACAGGCCGUCUCUCUAGAUGGCAACAUGUCGAGCAACUACGUCAAAACUUCUGGCGAAGAUGGACCCGAGAAUAUGUCCUCCAGCUGCAGAGGAUGUCCAAGUGGCAACAACCGGGCAACAUCCCAACCAUCGGGUCGCUUGUUCUUAUCGCAGAUGACGAGCUACCUCCAUUGCGGUGGCACCUAGGGCGCGUCGCUGAAUUGCACUACGGCAAGGACGAACUUCCCAGAGUGGCCUCGUUAAACACUAAAGGGGGAAUGAUAAAACGUGCCUUCCACAAACUAUGUCGUCUGCCCGUGGACAAUGACGACACGAAAGUAGUUGUGACUGAUUUUGAAUGA